CAUGUCAUACAAAUGUCUCGUAUGACUAGUAUGUUUAAAUCAUUUACUGAAUGUGUGACACUAAUUUGUUUUAAACGUGAACUAUGUCCGAAAAUUCAGAACGAGUUACAUUGCUGAAUGAAUCUAGAGAAUUCAUUCCAAGUGAUGCUGUGACUGAUAGUUCUAACAACGGGAAUUAUCAAUGGAUGGUGUUCAGAGAUUGUAUGAAUACGUUUGUGCACUCCUUAAUAGCUUUGAGUGUGUUUGUGACGCUGUGUUUCGCGUUCCAGUCAAUUCCAUUAAGUGCCUUUCAACUACAUAUCUGCCUCUCGGUUGCUGGGUACCAGCUGUUGAUGUCACACGGGAUACUUAGUAUAGCGUGCUAUAAUGGUUGGUCUUCUUCUAUGAAACACUCUCACCGAAGGAGGAGUCAUUGGAUCUUGCAGCUCGCCGGUUCGAUAUUAGCAAUUGCAGGUUCCGUGAUUAUGAUAAGGCACAAAACUGUUAAUUUUAACACGGUUCAUGGGAAGUUAGCAUUAGCAGCUCUCACGUUCACGUGUGUGAGCCUUUUAAACGGGGUUAUGACGUUGUACAAAGUAGGUGUCGGAAAUGCUGUAUCUUCACAAACUUUUAAGAUAAGCCAUUUAAUGAUUGGAUCAUCGGCUUUCGCUGUUUCGUCCGUGUGCCUAUCAUUUGGUUUUAUCAAAGAAUCGUUCAGGAAUUGGUCGUCAAAUGAAUUCGCUUAUAUUAUGAUUGCCAUAACAUCCUCAUAUACAAUUAUUAUAGUUUUAAAGCCUUGGUUUACCAUUAUAAGUAAACUUACAAAUAAAGUCAAGUCAAAAAUAUGUUAA